UUAAACACCCCAUUAACUCAGCGCUCUUAAUUGGCGUGGAAUUAUUGAUAAUCCCGGAGCUCCCAGAGCAGAAAAAAGCUUCGGUACGUACAACUUUUUACUGUCAGUUACUCUUUUUAGUGCUCAUUGCUGGCCUUUUCCGGCGGAUGGAGACGGCACGACCCCCAAAACGCGUCGUUUAGAUUGUUCCGAAUCUUCUGAUCUGAAUUCUAAAGACUAAAGCUUUUACCGAGCUCUUGUCGUUUUCUUUUAAGUCCCGGCUGGCGGAGAGACUUCCGCGGGUGUUUGGUUGGUUCAGUUCGGCGUCGUUUUGCGCUCGGAUUGCGACAUUGCGUUGGAUCUUCUCCUUUCAUGUUUCUGGCUGACUGAAAAUAAUUUGGAAAGUCCAGUGCAACGUUUCUGGUUAAUGAAAUCUUAAAGAAGUCACUGCAUAAGAUUCUUUUCAUUUGAUUGCUGUGGCUGGAGGAACUAAACCUUGUUAACCAUGAAAGAGAUCGACAAAAGGAAAACCCCAAAUACUAAAAACACCAAGCGGACUGGAAGAACAGAAAUGAGAGACAACAAGCCGAAUCAAGGGAAUACCGCUAAGACAUUGAAUGGAAAAGAUAGAGAAUCUAAAGUCUCUUAUGCUAGACCAGCCCCAGUUUAAGGAGGUGCCUCAAGCUCUGAAUGCCAAUCCAAUGACUUCCAAAGAGAAUAUUGACGACGAGGUGUCAGAUUGCGAGACAACAAAGGAUUCCAUGUCAUCUCAAGGGGAUUCACCUACCCAUGAGGAUGAGCAAGUAGAAAGGGUAUCAAGGGUACCCAAAAUUGUUGUAAAAAAGAAUUCCUCAGAAAGCUCUCCUGGAUCAAGGGACAGGGAGGGGUCUCGUAGUGAAUCUGUUAAGUCAAGAUCAAAAGGAUUGCAUCACACUGCCAACAAAGUCACUAAUUCGAAUAAUGGACCUUCAGGAGUUAAAACCAGAAACGGUUCUAGUGAUAGCGAAGUUCCCAUUAAACCUUCCUCAGAAUCAGUUGAGGAGGUUGACGAUAAGCCUAUUAAAGAGGUAAGAGGAACUGAUAUCCUUGAUGGGGCCUCAAAUGGUGCUCAGAGUGUGGAAAGUGACCAUGAAAUAGUAGACGCUGAAGAAAAUGGCGAACAAGAGAUUGAAACAGCCUUGGAACGAAAGAUUGACGAAAUGGAAAUGAGAAUUGAGAAACUUGAGGAAGAGCUGCGAGAAAUUGCUGUACUUGAAAUUUCCCUCUACUCUGUUGUACCAGAGCAUGGGAGCUCUGUGCAUAAAGUUCACACGCCGGCUCGUCGCAUUUCUAGACUUUAUAUCCAUGCUUGCAAGCAUUGGACUCAGGGCAAGCGAGCCACAAUUGCUAAGAACACUGUAUCAGGGCUUGUUUUGAUAGCAAAGUCCUGUGGCAAUGAUGUCCCCAGGUUGACCUUCUGGUUAUCAAACACUGUCGUGCUAAGGGAGAUCAUAUCUCAAGCAUUUGACAUUUCAAGCAAGUCAAGUCCUUCGGUUAAGUUUGUGGAGUCAAAUGGGACUAGCAAGAGAAAUGAAGUGAAGUCUGCGACACUGAAAUGGAGGGGUAGUUCCAGUAAUAAACAAAUGAACGGUUUUAUGCAGUUUGCUGAUGACUGGCAAGAGACAGGAACCUUCACUGCUGCAUUGGAAAAAGUUGAAUUCUGGAUUUUCUCUCGGAUCGUUGAGUCAGUAUGGUGGCAGGCUUUGACUCCAAAUAUGCAAUCUCCAGCUGAGAAUUCAUCCACAAAUAAGAUGUCUGUAAGGUUGUUGGGACCUGCACUGGGUGAUCAGAAGCAAGGUAGCUUUUCUGUCAACCUAUGGAAAAAUGCUUUUCAGGAUGCUUCUCAACGACUCUGUCCUGUUCGAGCAGGAGGGCAUAAAUGUGGCUGCUUACCUGUUUUGGCAAGAAUGGUUAUGCAACACUGUGUUGCAAGGCUAGAUGUGGCAAUGUUCAAUGCUAUCCUGCGUGAGUCUGCCCAUGAGAUCCCUACUGAUCCAGUAUCGGAUCCUAUUCUUGAUUCCAGGGUUUUACCUAUUCCCGCUGGCGACUUGAGUUUUGGGUCUGGUGCACAACUCAAAAAUUCCGUUGGAAAUUGGUCUAGAUGGCUACGUGAUUUGUUUGACAUGGAUGAUGAUGAUUCCCUGCAAGAAGACCACCCUGAUGGUGAGGAUGAUGACAGGCAGAUUGGCGAUGGUGAAUCUAAAUCCUUCCUUCUUCUGAAUGCCUUGAGUGAUCUUUUGAUGCUUCCGAAAGACUUGCUUAUUGAUACGAGAAUCAGAAAGGAGGUCUGCCCAUCAAUUAGUCUUCCAUUAGUUAAGCGGAUACUUUGUAACUUCACUCCAGAUGAGUUCUGUCCGGAUGCUGUGCCAGGAGCUGUAUUGGAGGCACUGAAUGCCGAGAGCAUUGUGGAGCGCAGAUUGUCAGGUGAAUCGGCAAGAAGCUUCCCUUACACAGCAGCACCAGUUGUGUACACCCCACCUUCGUCGGCUGAUGUGGCAGAAAAAGUUUCAGAAGCAGGAGGAAGUUCUCAACUGGAAAGGGACGUCUCAGCUGUACAGAGAAAGGGAUAUACCAGCGAUGAAGAGCUAGAGGAGUUGGAUUCACCUCUUUCAUCCAUCAUCGACAAAUUACCGUUAACUCCGACUAUCAUAGCAAAUGGAAAUGGAAGCGGAAAACAUGAGCAUGCAGGUCAUGCCUGCACGAAUGCGAGGUAUGAACUCCUUCGUGAGGUGUGGUCUGCUUAAGCGUCAAACGAGUGGACUCGAGAUGUGUAUAUACCUGUUGGUUUUCUGCGUUAUGAAAGUAUUGAGAAUACUUAAAACAGAGCUGUGAAUAACGAGAGGCAAAUAUCAAGACAAUUUCAAGUCUUUAAGCAAAAUUGGCUAAAGCCAUUAGCUUUUUCGUAUAUUAUACUGAGUUAAUUUUGUUAUCAUAUAGCAUAUAACCGAAAUUACUUCAUACUUACUGAACUCGAUCUGGAAUACAUCCCAAGUGGAGAGAUCAUGAAUCUUCAGUUUCGUUCAAUGGAUUAAAGAUUAUGUU